AUGCGAGAUGGCAUCAAGAAGUCGUGUGCAGGCUCCGCGGAUCCCGCACCCGAGCAGGUCAAGCACUACAAGGUCAAGACAGAAGAGUGGGACGAAGAGGGAAAAAUCCACUGA